UCCAAGAUUGUACAAAUGUCUAAAUAGUGGCACACUUGAAAAAAAAUUGUCCAUGUAUAAGUGGCACCCAAUAUGGAAAAAAGGAUGACACCAAGUCCCAAACUAUCUUGCCACUACUCCCCAUGUAGUCUGGGCAUCUGGGGGGCUCCACAUGACUAUCUUUCCCUUGUAAAUCCGAAACUUAUAAGUAUAGCCUGUUGUCCUAUCACAGGUCUUCUACAUUGUGACCCCAUAUCUGGCACGCUUGCUGGGGAGAAAUUGUUUGAAUGCAAGGUGGCCAGAAAAAUUAAUGAGGGACUCAUCAGUGCAGAUGUUUUGCUGGGGAGUAUAGACAUCUGCAAAUUUUUGGUUAAGGUGAUUUGUGAGGGGCUGAAUUUUGUGCAGCCGGUCAAAUUCAGGGUCACCCCGAGGACGACAAAGUGUAUUUUUGUUGAAAUGCAUAAAACACAUUAUACUCUCACAUCUAUGCCUGGCCAUGGCAGCGAAGAACAUGGGCAUAUGAUGAAUCAGGUCUGUGGACCAAUACAACCGCAAUUAAUUUUUUUUAGUAAUGCCCAUGUUGAGAGUUAAACCCAAAAAAAAUAUAUAAAUUCGGAAACCAUGAUGAUUUUCCAUGCGAAUGGUCUGUCAAGGUUUGAAUCUGGGUUGGUGGUGGUAAACUGUUGUACAUAUAAAUUGCUUUGAUCCACAAUCAAUGCAUACAGAUCUUCCGGGAAAAACAGCUCCAAAAAAUCAAGGGGGGGUAGUUAAAUUUGCUAAUUCCACCUGAAUUCUGGGUUGGGCAGUGAAUGGGGGAAGUACGGGUACUGCAGAAUUUGUGGGCUGCCAAUUGGGAUUUGCAAGCACAUCCGGAAGGAUACUAGGGGCUCUACAGGUCUGUGUGCGAAUUCUUGCUGGUUGCCGGACCAGAUUUGUGCUCGCCACCGCACCAGCUUGUAAUACACUUAUGGGACUCGCUGUGUCACCAAGUGGUACUGCAGUGCUGGUAUUUGAAAAACCAGGAUGUAUUAGGCCACUAGUACUCGACAGGUCACCAAAAGGUAGAGCGGCACUAGUACUGGCACUCUGCUGCAUAUGAGAGUCAUC